AUGGCUUAGCCUUUUUUUACGAAUCCUUUUAUAGGUCUAUAGAACUAUGGGUAAUCAUACUUGGCAAGUUUGCAACAGUAAAACUAGCAAACUCAACAACCCUCGCCAAUGCCCUAACUUCAACAACAGCAAUAAUAAUAGCAAUAAUCUCAUCAUCAUCAGUCGCUUAGUGAGCGAGUCAGACAAAUGAGUGAAGUUACAGCACCUAUGUCAAAUCCAAUGCUCAGCCAAAUGAAUGGAUAAAGAAGAAUGGACUCAGUUUAAGAGACUUAGGCAUUCCCAAUGGGAAAAGAUUUUAUGCAGCAAUAAGUUUAGCAAUUCCAACAAUCGCCUCCCUAGCAAUAGACGACCCCUACUCCACCACUCGUUACCCAUAAAUCUAGUGAAACCUCAAAUAUCAGAAAUGUUUGGGUAGAAAAUUUUGAAAUUGAGUUGCCUAUAAUCAGUGAGCUGCUAGAUAAAUUCCCCUACGUCGCUAUGGACACUGAGUUUCCAGGAGUAGUGAUAGAUGAGAUUUCAGAGGCCUUCAGAAAUUCAGAUCAAAGAGAGUAUUUAAAGAUCAAAGCGAAUGUCGACAUUUUAAAGAUUAUCUAAGUUGGUAUCACCUUAUCUGAUGAAAAUGGUAACCUUCCUGAGCCUGUAUCCACUUGGCAAUUUAACUUCAACUUUGAUAUUGACACAGAAAAUAAAUCAACUACUUCCAUCAAUCUCCUUUAAAAUUGCGGAAUAGACUUUUAGAAGUUAAAGAGACAUGGUAUUCAUCCUUUGUAUUUUGCAGAGAAAGUGAUAACUUCAGGCUUGAUACUUAAUGACAGAGUGCAUUGGAUAUGCUUCCAUGGUUGCUACGACUUCGCAUAUCUUUUGAAGAUCGUUAUGAAUGAACUUUUACCCAAGUCUAAAGAGAAUUUCAACCAAAAUUUGAAGAUGCUAUUUCCUAAUAUCUAUGACAUCAAGUCCUUCCAACAUGAAUUCUCUGACCUUUUUGAAAGCGGAGGCUUGAACAGAAUCGCUGACCUGCUUGGAAUCUAGCGUAUAGGAAUUACUCACUAGGCAGGGUCAGAUAGUCUAGUGACUUCGCAGGUUUUUUUCAAGCUGAGGUCAAACUUCCAAAACCUUUUCCCUCAAAUCAUAUUGGAAUACAACCAUGAUGUCUAUGGUUUCAGCAACGACUAAGCUUUUCCUUCAAUGAGUAGAACCCCUGCCACUAUUCAUCAUAUUGAUCCUCUUCACAGUAAUACUUUUGACGAAAAUGAUAACGCUGUUAAUCAUGAACUUUACUAUAAUUAUGUGCCAAAUUCAGACUAUGAUGGUGGAUUUUUCUAUAAUGGGCUUGGCUCUGGCACCACAAACAAUGUUGACUUAUCAGUUUUCUAAAGUAGAUCUACCCCAGUUGUUUAAAGUUCAUUCUAGAACUAUAUUAACUCCCAAUAGUAUGUAGACUCGGGCAAGAAACUAGGCAAAAAUAUUCAGGAUAUCUUCGUUGAACAAUCUUAUGCCAAGACUCAAGCCUCAGGACAUUUACUUCACACCACCACCCCUCCACCCUUAAUGAUGGAAGGUCAGUAUAUUCUGAGAAACUUAACACCAGGAUAAAAUCACGGAGUUGACCUAAUUAACUAGUAUUCCUAGCAAUAGUGGAACUACUAUAAUGGCACCAACAACCAUUAAAAUGGGUAUCCUAACUCCACUGGAACUUUCUACUCUUGA